AUGACGACCGAUUAUAAAUUUGCGGGAUGGUUGGGCGAGAGCCCCGAGUCUGUGAAGGGAAAGAUGGUGUGGAAAGAGUACGAACCCAAAGCAUGGGAGGAGACGAAUGUCGACAUUGAGAUAUCGCAUUGCGGAAUGUGCGGUAGCGAGCUGCAUACCUUGAGAUCUGGCUGGGCGCCAACGACGUAUCCCUGCUGUGUUGGCCAUGAGAUCGUAGGCAAAGCCGUCCGUGUCGGUUCCAAAGUCGAGAAGGGUAUCAAGAUUGGCGACCGCGUAGGCGUCGGAGCCCAAUCCUCCUCAUGCCUUCGCCCGGACUGCGAGGACUGUUCGUCCGGCAAGGAAAACCACUGCACGAUCGGGCGUGUAGACACUUACAACGCGCCCUACGCCGACGGUUACGUCUCGAAAGGCGGCUACGCGGACUACUGGCGCGGACCAUCCCACUUCGUGUUCAAGAUUCCUGAUGAGAUUAAGAGCGAGGAUGCGGCUCCCAUGCUCUGUGGGGGCAUCACGGUGUAUAGCCCGCUGAAGAAGAAUGGUGCUGGACCUGGGAAGAAGGUUGCCAUUGUUGGGAUAGGGGGUUUGGGACAUUUUGGGAUUUUGUAUGCGAAGGCGCUGGGGGCGGAUAAAGUUGUUGGGAUUAGCAGAGGGGCUAAGAAGAGGGAGGAUGCGCUGAAGCUCGGGGCAGAUCAGUACAUCGCCACCAAUGAUGACCCCGAUUGGGCAUCUCACAACGCAAAAACCGUAGAUAUCAUCGUCUGCACCGUCUCUAGCGAGAAGAUGCCCUUGGAUGACUACCUCCAACUUUUGCGCACGGGUGGGGUGUUCAUCCAAGUUGGAGUGCCAGAGGGAAAUCUGCCACCUAUUCAUGCAUUCUCGUUAAUCCCUAAGGGAUUGAAAAUUGGAGGAAGUGCUAUUGGCUCACCGGCAGAGAUUGAAGAGAUGUUGGAUCUAACUGUGAAGAAGAACGUGAAGCCGUGGAUCGAGGCGAGACCGAUGAAAGAUGCGAACCAGGCUAUUGUAGAUUUAGAGGAUGGAAAGCCUAGAUAUAGAUAUGUGCUUGUCAACGAGAAGCAUGCUGGGAAGUGA